UCUAACUAAGUCACAUACACAAGAUUACAUUCAUUCAGUCUUACAACACUUAAUUGCCUUUUCGUGUAUAUAAAUCCUACAUUUCAAGUUAAUUAGGGAUUUGGUGGGAGUGUAAGUGUUGUUGCAUUAAUACUUGUGUUUUUAUGAUGCACAGUUCAUAAUUGCCUUUAUAAUUUCAUGUAAACAAAUAGAAAUUCAUUUAAUGUAAAGAUAAAUAUAUUACAUGCUUAAGAACUAAAGGGUAAAAUAAGCUGCUAAAUAAGACGUGGUUAACAGUGUAUUUAUAUCAUUCUGUGUAUUUACGUUUGUCCCGGAACUAAUGUUUUCUGUCUGUGUUACCGCUACAACGGUUUAAGUCGACACACUGCUUUGGAUUCUAGCGGAGCAGAUGGCUUCGAGGUUUUGUUAAACUGCAUCAAAGUUGCAAAUGUGUUGUUUGAAGUUAAUGCAGACGGUCAAAUGGACUUUCAAGAGACUGCAAAGAAUUUAGUAACCUCUUUUCACGACAAGCGGCCAACGAGGUACUAUUAUAUUGUCCUUAUUAAUCUGGAUGCUGUUUGUAUUUUCUCUGCUAAGCUAUAAUGUAUAAUGUAUUGAUUUAUUUGUAUUGUUCAUUUACAAUGUAGGUCUCACGGCGUACAGAACUGUUGAACAAAGUUUGGAUGUACCAAAGAGACCAGAUGUGCCCACAGCAAUAAACGCCCGUUGCAAAGAACGACCUGUGUCAGUGUUGUCGCAAAGAGAGCUAUAAGGUUGACAGCACCUAGUUAAGGAAGAUCUCUCUUAAAAGAAGUACAUGGCCAGCAGGAACAAGGACAAAAAUUAGCAGAUUGAUCUGAUUGGUCAGAUCUGAUAGAAAGAAAUCCUGUUUUUGAGAGACACUAUCUUCUGGAUCUGGAUAUCUGUUUCAUAUUCACACAGUUUGUGUCAUGGAGGCAAUAGCCAAGUACGACUUUAAGGCAACUGCAGAUGAUGAAUUAAGUUUCAAACGAGGAGAGUUUCUAAAGGUUUUAAAUGAUGAAUGUGACCAGAACUGGUACAAGGCAGAACUCAAUGGAAAAGAGGGAUUUAUUCCUAAAAAUUAUAUAGAAAUGAAGCCACACCCCUGGUUUUAUGGGAAGAUUCCCCGUGCAAAGGCAGAAGAAAUGUUAAAUAAACAGAGACAUGAUGGAGCUUUUCUCAUUAGGGAGAGUGAGAGUGCACCAGGAGACUUCUCGCUCUCUGUCAAAUUUGGUAAUGAUGUCCAGCACUUCAAAGUCUUACGAGAUGGAGCUGGGAAAUACUUCUUGUGGGUGGUCAAAUUUAACUCAUUAAACUCCUUAGUGGAUUAUCAUCGGUCUACUUCUGUGUCCAGAAAUCAACCAAUUUUCCUGAGGGACAUUGAACAGGUACCACAGCAUUCCACAUAUGUUCAAGCUCUGUUUGACUUCGACCCUCAAGAGGACGGAGAGCUGGGUUUCAGACGUGGAGAUUUUAUCCAGGUUCUGGACAAUUCUGAUCCUAAUUGGUGGAAGGGUGCCUGUCACGGUCAGACCGGAAUGUUCCCUCGCAAUUACGUCACACCUGUCAAUCAAAAUAUGUAACUUUGAGAAAAAAGAACCCCCUCAGUUCCACUGCUUAAGGCACACAUACACUUCCAGCUGGGUUGCCACAGAAACAGAAACCACAGUGAGAUGGAGAGAAAAGGCUCAAUUGGUGAUGUGAAUGCCGAUUGGCUGAAAGAAAGAGACUGUGCUGUUUGGAGUGGUUAACAUUGUAUGAAGCAGUAUUGGCUCUAUGAGAAGUGUUCCAGACUGAUAUUUUGUUUGUGUGCUUUAUAUGUCAAUUUCGUGUUAUAUGACAUCAACAGUACUGAAGAAGAAAAAAAAAAAAUUAUCUAUUUUAUGUGAAGGAAAAUCUUGAUAUCACUCGCAUUACACCACUGAAAGACUUUGCUUUGAAUAUUUCAUUUUAAAACUCUAAAAUAAACUCCAUGUUAUGUUUUAGUUGUUAAAGUGUGUGUGUGUGUGUGUGAGUGUUUUACUUGUCUCUUUUUUCAUCUUGAUUAGUGACAUCAUGAAAGUGUUAAAUUUUGUGUGGGAUGAUCAAACACUUUUCUCUUAAAUCAGGAUAACUUGAUAAUGUAAUUGUACAAAGCUUCUGUAGCAAAUAAAUGUUUUUUUUAUAAAAAAAAAUAUUCUUAUUAAUUUUAAUUCAUUUUACAUUUUAUGUAGCCCCAAAAUAUGGCACUUGGAAAUGUGAGUAUGUUUGACACUCUGUUUGUUAUAUUAUCCCACAUACUGGUAAAUUACACAGAAUAAAGAUAUUUUUUUCCAAUUAAACCUCCCAGAACACUUAUAUGUGAAAAUGGUAUAUGUUUAAAAGUCAAUCUGCUUAGUAGUGAAUGCAAUAACCAUUCAUCAACAAAAUCGAUGAUUUGGAUAUUUUCAGGUAUCUUGUAACAUCCUAAAUGUAUAUCUUUACUUUUGUUUUAUAUACACUGCCUGGCCAAAAAAAAAGUCGCACACUCUAAUAUUUCAUUGCCUUUAGCGUUGAUUUUGGCACGCAUUCGUCGUGGCAUUGUUUCGACAACCUUAUGCAAUGUCACAACAUUUAUUUCCAUACAGAGUUGCAUUAAUGUUUGGCAAAGAUCUUGUAUUGAUGACAGGAGAGUCGAACUGCUCCGAAAAGUCUUCUCCAACACAUCCCAAAGACUUUCAAUGGGGUUAAGGUCAGGACUCUGUGGUGGCCAAUUCAUGUGUGAAAAUGAUUCUUCAUGCUCCCUGAACCACUCUUUCACAAUAUAAGCAAGAUGAAUCUUGACAUUGUCGUCCUGGAAUAUGCCCGUGCAGUCAGGGAUGAAAAAAUCCAUUGAUGGGAUAACCUGGUCAUUCUGUACAUUCAGGUAGUCAGCUGUGUUUAUUGUAUUGCCACAUAAAGUUGCUGAGCCCAGAUCAUAACACUGCCUCCAGAUGCUUGUACAGUGGGCACUACGCAUGAUGGAGCAUCGCUUCAUGCGCUUCGCUUCUUACCCUGAUGUGCCCAUCGCUUUAUAAUAGAGUAAAUCUGGACUCAUCAGACCACAUGACUUUUUCCAUUGCUCCACAGUCCAAUCGUUAUGCUCCCUAGCAAAUUGAAGUAGUUUUUUCCUAUUAGCCCCACUAACAAGUGGCUUUAUAUGGUCACACAGCUGUUUAGACCCAAUCCUGUAAGUUCUUGUCACAUUGAGCAUGUUGAAACAUAGCCGUCAGUUCUACUGUCAAUUCUACUAUCUAUUGUCCGAUCUUGCUCAUUCAAGAUUUUUUUCUGACCACAUUUCUUCCACGCAGCUGACAGUUCACCACUAUACCUCCAGUUUUUAAUAAUGGGUUGGACAGUUCUUCACCCAAUUCCAGUGAGUUCAGCAAUCUCCUUAGUUGUUUUCUUUGCUUGAUGCAGGCCAAUAAUUUGCCCCUUCUUAAACGCAGUAACAAUUUUCCAUGAACAUGGGAUACGUCUCCCGACAUGGUAGAAAUAAGAAGCUACACAGUGCAACAGUUGGGGUUAAAAUAAUUGUUGCCAGCUGAAACACAUCAAUCACUACAAAAAGUAUCCAAUCAUAGGCUCUUAAGUAUCUGCUUAUUUAAAAAAAUGGGCCAGGCAGUGGGUCGAACAUUCUGAGAUUGUUAGCUUAUUGAUAUUGUUAUUAUGCAGGUUGUCAUUAUGUCAUGAAACAUAAUUGUCAUCUAAGGCAGCCAUACAACUAUUUUAAUAAUGUCUGUAUUACUCAUCACAGUUUGCAAGAGGUGUUGGAUGUUUCCUUUUGAAGCUGAGGGCUUGAAAUGGGUUCACCUGAGGUAGCUACUAAAUGUUUGUUGUUUUCCUUAUUUUAAUUAUUGUUAUUUUGUUUCCUUCUAUGAUCCUAUCCCUGUUUGACUAAAAGUAAACCAUCAAAGGAAUGUGCAUCACUUUUUGAUUAUUAUUAUCAUUAAUAUUUUUACCUUUGAAGUGGAAAGCUGUAACUGUUAACAUCAGUUGUUUUAUGCUUGUUUAGGUCAUCUGUAAUUUGUUCUCUUGGUGGCAGCAUCAAAUAAUUUUUUUAAAUGUUCAGCUGUAAUGUAUUAUGCUUCUUGUCUAAGGAAAGGAGGAGUCAGUAUUUAAUGGAAUAAUGUUUUAUGUUGUUAUUCAGCCCUUCCAUUAUAUCAGAUGCUGUAAGGCUCAACAAUAGAACUCACCAGGUAUCUGUUUGCUGUCUGAAUAGUGCAUUUCCAAAAUGCUGGAGUUUAUGUACAUCUUGUUUACUGUAUGUAUUGAAAUGCAUUUAAAAACUUUUAUCAAUUUAAGUGUUGCAUUUUUUUGUUUGUUUUUUACUUUUUUAAAUCACUGAUUAUAAUUUUGGUUGGUUUACAUGACUUUGUUUUUUUACUUUUAGUUCAGUAUAAAAAAAAAUUAUAAAACUUUAAAUCAGUGCUCAAAAUUGCUAUGUGGAAUUUUGAGCUGAACAGCAAGAUGCUGGUGGGUCAUUCCUGUCCUGCAGUACAUUUUAAUUUCCCCUUUAUACAUGUCUUAUUAUAUUGGAUAAAAUAUUAAACUCACAAUUUCUAAUGAUGGAAAUCAUAUUAGUUUUUGUAUUAUGACAAUAUCAUGAUAAAGUGAACAUACAAGUGAGUUUUAAAUAAUUUCCCUUCCAAUAAGAAAAA